UGCAAAUAUCCACAUAGGAGAGCGAAUUGCUACCGCCAUGGUACUGUCUGGCUACAUAACCCAUAGUCUUCGAUAUAUGCUGUGCACAAAUAUCUUGUCAUAAUCUUGGCUGUGGGCGUAAACGAAGCAAAUCUGCCAAUUAAAUUGUCGACUCUUGGCUCGGAUCCAUUGUUUACGCGCUUGUCUCCCAGCACAAGGGGGCUGCACAAGUCGUGUCCACUUCCCCUACUUUUUUGUACAUGUCAAGAACCCCCCUCCCUGAGGCUGUUUUGGCGACUCGUGGCUUUACUUAAGAAGCUUCAUCACUCCUGCAGAGAUGUCGUCUGGACGUUAUUCACUACGGGCUACGCCUAAAAAGACGAGCCACCCGGACUUCGUAGAGACUCCUGCUGCGCGUAGAUCCAAUCGCCGCAAGUCCCAAUUCCCCGAGGACGAGGGCGAAGACUCUGCGUCUGCCACCGAAAGCACAAAACGCGAGAGCCUCGAGCCACGACGAACAACCCGAGGGAGCAGCAUGGCGCGAUCGGAUUCUGGAGAGGUGUCGCCCGCCUUGCCCAAUGGCAAUGGCAACGCCAAUGGCAAUGGGCAGGUUACGAACCGUCGUGCUAAGGCUACGAAUGGUUCUGCGACGAACGGCUCUGCGACGAAUGGCUCCGCAUCGAAAAGCAUUGCCGACGCGUCGGAAAAGAUUAUGGCAGUCGAAGGGUGGCAACCAGGGUUGGACCCCAAGAUUGACUAUAGCGGCCAUAUGGAAUUCGGGGGUUCGGUUGGCGUCACCGCCAUGAUGAUUGGAUUCCCGACCCUGAUGUACUACAUGUGGAUUGGGGCAACAUAUUACGAUGGAAAGUUCCCCACACCUGAGCCUGGCGAGAGCUUUGUCGAUUUCGCAAAGCACAUGGGCAAUUUGGUGUACGAAGGCGCGUUUCCGUCGCUGAAGGCCUGGACCAUGUACUGGGUGUUCUUCGUCGCAGAGGGAGCUUGCUACUGCUUGCUUCCAGGUGUUUACGGUUACGGCAAGCCUCUACCUCACGCUGGCGGAAAGCAGUUGAAAUAUUACUGCUCAGCAGUGGCUUCGCUCUACACCACAGCCAUUGUUAUGGCUGGCCUCCACUUCUCUGGUAUCUUCCCACUUUACACUAUUCUUGACGAGUUCGGACCACUCAUGUCGGUGGGAAUCUUGACCGGAUUUCUCGUCUCGAUUGUUGCCUAUGUCUCGGCACUGCUCCGCGGCGCCCAGCACAGGAUGACGGGUUACCCCCUCUACGACUUCUUCAUGGGUGCUGAGCUCAACCCCAGAAUGUUUGGGAUUCUCGACUUCAAGAUGUUCUUCGAGGUCAGGAUCCCCUGGUACUUCCUCCUGCUCCUGUCAUCUGCUACUGCCGCAAGGCAGUACGAGAACUACGGCUAUGUCUCCGGCGAGGUGUGCUUCCUUAUCAUGGCCCACUACCUGUACGCAAAUGCAUGCUCCAAGGGCGAGGAGCUGAUCAUCAGCACCUGGGACAUGUACUUCGAGAAGUGGGGCUUCAUGCUCAUCUUCUGGAACUUGGCAGGCGUGCCCAUGACUUACUGUCACUGCAUCCUGUACCUUGCAAACCACCACCCUGACACCUACCGCUGGAACCGAUACGCGCUUGGUGCCCUGUUCGUCACAUACCUCUUCGUCUACUGGGUUUGGGACACGACCAACAGCCAAAAGAACCGUUUCCGUGCCGAGGAGACUGGAAAGCAGGUCAUCCGCAAGGCAUUCCCACAGCUCCCAUGGCAGGCGGUCAAGAACCCAAGGGUGAUCAGGACAAAGGAUGGCCACAGCAUCCUGGCUGACGGCUGGUAUGGCAAGGCACGCAAGAUCCACUACACCUGCGACUUGUUCUUUGCUCUAUCGUGGGGCUUGAUCACUGGCUUCAGCAGCCCGUUCCCGUGGUUUUACCCGGUCUUCUUCGCAGGCAUGAUAUCGCACCGAGCAUUGAGAGAUAUUCAGAAGUGCAGAGCAAAGUAUGGGGAUGCGUGGUUGGAGUAUGAGAAACUUGUUCCCUAUCUUUUCAUUCCGUAUGUCAUUUAAACUAUUCUGGCCUCGCUGGCUGUAUUAUUAUUGCCUUCUACGGGGAGAUAAAUACAAGUUUAAUGGGGUGAUAAUAGUUGAUUAGUUGUACAUAUAAUGCUGUGCCUGUAGAAGUAGCACAGGUAAAUAUAAUUACAUUAAAACAUAAUAAUGCAGAGAAACGAAG